GUGGUGUUAGGCAUACACGCAUAUAUAUACACAUGCACAUAUACACACGCGCAUACACUCACUCAUUCACUCGACUCGCCCAGAGCCAGCCAAGCAAGCAGCCACCAGCGUCGGUGCACGAGCGCUCAAACGAUUCGUUACUAAUUGCCUCUCUCUCUCUCUCUCUUUUGCGCGCGAUGUGAGGGCCUCCGGACCGGAGUGUAGCGCCGGCACCACCGACCACAUCGUCUGCUAGCCAAAUGUAUGUAUCGCGUGGGCGGAAGGUUGACAACACGCGGCGUGCAGCCGGGCCGCGAGCAGCAGUCGAUGCGACAGUGACAGCAAGUCACGAUGAUGAGCCAGCCGACACUGCAAUAGUGCUCGCUUGCUGCUAGGACGCUCUUCGACACACAAACUCAUUAAACAACGUCCUGUUAGCUAUCCCCGCGUUGCCGUCGCGCUAUAUUUUGAAACCGUCGUGACGCAUGAGAUGGGAUGAUAUUUUCCAGCGUCUCCUCAGCCGUUUGACGAGAAUACGUUACGUAAAUUACACCAGACACGUGUCCUCAUCAAUCUUCCGCUCCGACGUGCCGGCAUUUCGUUUAGGCGACGUUGACUGAGUCGCUGGCAGGCAGCUGUGGUGUUCAUCAUUGUGACAGUGCGUGCGCUUUUUCCAGUUACCCCGUAGCGCCAAGAGAGGAGGAGAGUGCGAGAGAGCGAGAUACCUCGCCUAAUCCAGCCAUUGUACGCCGACGAAAUCAGGAGACUACUACAGUGCAUCAGAAGACCUUCUCGAAUCCAUUACGCUGGAUCAGAUCUAAGAAAGAGUGCUAGUGGGAAGUGAAGCGCGCUUUGCUGAAAAUAAAGAAAAUGAAGCGGAACAUUGGAGCAACGGCUUGGACUGAGUAGCGAACAGACAUCGAGUUAUCAGCUGUUGAUACAGCGAAAUAAACAUAAUUUGAAGUGACUGGUUUGACGUGUACAUUUUACUGCACCUCUGGCCACGCAGUUAUAAGCAUCAUAAAAUCGCUGAAAAGCAUGUUAACCGCGGAACGCGAUCACAAGGGAGCACAAUAAUGUAGUAAUCAUAUUUCGCAGAUUAAUGUUUGAGCGGAUAAGGAAACUCUUAAACAGAAUUUCGAAAAAAGCACAGAGCCUCCUGAGAGACAGCAGACGGACUGACUGUGCAACCCAUGGCGUUGUGACCGUACAAAAUGGAUAUCAUACUCCGGUCGAACAUGGAUACCAAGAGUAGACUACUGCUGAUGGCUCACAUACUGGCCACGUUAUGCACUACAGUGUCUGCGAGUAUGAACGCGUACUUUGAUCCAUACACGCCACGCAAUGUUACAACGGAGCUCGAUGAAACCAUAUUCAUGCAGUGCAGGGUUCACAAUCUGGAUGGGAAAACGCAGGUGUCCUGGAUCCGCAGGCACGACUUGCAGAUUCUGACCAUCGGCGAGAUGACAUUUACGCCGGACAAGCGCUUCCGGGUCAUCCACGAGUCGGGAUCGACCGACUGGACGCUGCAGCUGAAGCAUGCCAAACAGGAAGACGCCGGCAUCUACGAGUGCCAAGUCAGCAGCAACCCGACCGUCAGCUUGCUCGUCUCCUUGACGAUACUAAGAUCCGAAGUGGCAAUUCACGGCAACUUCUACGUGCAGCUCGGCAGUCCGCUUAAACUUCGCUGUAACGUGACGGCAUCGCCGUCACCGCCCGUGCGCGUCUACUGGUACCACAACGACAGCAUGAUACAAUACGACCAGCAGUCGCAGCGCACGCAGGUGUUCUACGAACUCACCGAGUACUCCACGACGAGUAUUCUAAUAGUGCAGGACGCGAAGCGAACUGAUUCCGGCAAAUACACGUGCAAGGCGAAUUCUGCCGACAACAAAAGUGCUGACGUUGUCGUCACCAACGGAAAGCACACGCAGGCCAUAGUUGACAUGUCAUCGCAAUCAUCGUCAACGUCGGCGGCGGUGUCGCUGUCGGGCAGACUAUACACUGUCGUCGCGGGGUUGCUGUUGUCGCUGCUGCUGACGGCUGUGCAGAGAGGCUGCUUCCUUCGGUCGGACAGUUCUACGCCGACACGCGUCAGAGGAAGGCCCGCCGGUACUGUGAGGUGCUGUCGCAGCAAUUGCCAACGGCUCCGGUCAAAUAUAAGUGCAAUUUCGUGGAGCAAGCGCGAGGAUAGGCUGCUGACGUCACGCCGGGUCGCUGACACUGCUGCUGAUUCUACAGCCGAUGACGUGGUGUCGGCGAUAAGAGACGUUGUAAGCGAAUCGGCCGAUACUAAGUGGAGAAUAAAGAAAUCAAGCGUACCAGAUAUCAGUUACUAGCACCUUUUUUUUAAACACCGUAGAUAUACAUAUAUGAUGCACCAUGUUAUUUUUGUAAAUAUAUUUAUGCGAUUAUGAUUUAUUAUUAGUAGCACGUAAUCACUUUCGCUCGCAACGUUCCGCGAAGCGCCGCAUAAAUUAAUGAUAAUCUAAGACAUUUAUUAUGUACCAUGAAGUCAAAGAGGGAUGGUCCAGCUUCCGUAGAAGCUGAGUUCAAAACAGGCACAAGCAAAUGCAAAUGCAAAUGCAAAUGCAAGCUUUAUGAUAUUCUUGACGAUAGCACGUGGAAGGAGUGCUAAUGUAAAAUGUAGUAAUGUACAUGUGAUAUGUUUAGAUACCGCUUUUUGGUAACGUGUACAUAUGCCCACCGUGGCGAGAUGCGAGUCAGUUUGCGGCUAUAUUUACCUUGAGAUUAGAGUAUAGUAAAUUGAGAGAAAACAUCAUCAGCUUGUUUAACCUAUUGCAUUUGUUCUCUGUGUUAGCGAGAUAUAUCGUCGUGGCAUUCAUGAGCAUUGUAUACACGCGUAAAGAAAAUAGAGCAAUGAGAGGCGAUAUGGAUUUUUCAAAGCCGCAAUUUGCUCGUCAGGCAAUGUAUAACCAUGCGCGCUCCCUGCAGCUAUGUCCAUCCCCUGCAUAACUUGCUAGGCAAAGCAUGAAACUGUAGCGAGGAUAUUUCAUACUCGAUAUAACCAAGAAGGGCGAACGCCAUACAGGUUGGUGGUACGGUUCUAAACUAAUUUUAGUUAUAUUUCGGCCGCGGAUAAACGAUGACGUUCCUGCAUGGUGCGGUGUACGGUGGCGUCGUUUGCGCGCAAAUGUUCACUAUCUACAUGUUGCAAUUGUUUCUUACGACGUCAUACAUUGGGGUUCGUGAAGGUCAUUACUCAUGAGAUUCGUGGCGACGAGUGUUUUGCCUUCGCGCGCGAAGUGCUUAGAUGCUGUGCUGUCGUGAGAGACGGAGGAAUCACGAACGAAGCUGAUAUGAAUAAAAAUAUACGCCUUGUCGUUUCACGGGACGGUCAAGUCG